CACAUGUUACAUUUUAAAAUUCAAAGUUAUAUUUUUAGGAAUUUUAUUUGGACUUAACAGAAAAUUGGCAAAAAAAGGUUUAAUUUGAAGUAGCAAUGUCUUUCAUUUCCAUGCAUGUAAAUUUAUUCAGAGAGAAAAAAGAAAAAGUUUCCUCUAGAUAUCGAAGCACCGGGAGACUGAAAAAUGCUUCAUCUUGCACAGAUACCAGGGCGUGCAGUUUGGACCCAAAAAAACAAAGGGAAUACUUCAUGGAGAGUUUUAACAUUUCGCCAAGCUCGAGCGAUGAAGAUACACGUAUUGACAAACCCAUAGAUAAUUUUAUUGUCAAAACAAGAAAAACUCAAUCUACUGGAAAUUUGUUUCAAGAACAAUGUGUUAACCAACUAAAAUAUUUAUUGAUGGGAGCUGAUAAUAAAAUUGAAGAGCUUACAACAACUAAUAGAAAAUUAUGGAAAAAAAAUCAGGAGUACACCGAUGAGGUAGCAAAUCUAAGGCAUUUGCUAAAGGAUUUACAAGAGCAGAUAAACCAUUUAGAAACGUUAAAAGUAGAAAAUUCAAACUUGCGAUCUGAAAGGGGCAGUGAUUUUAAAACACAGUUUCUCAAAGCAGAAAAUGAAAUGUCCCAAUUAUCACAAGAGCUCAAUGUAUUUCAAGGCAUAAAAGAAAGGUAUGAAGAAUUGAGGUACGCUCAUGAUCAGCUUAAAACUGAGCACAGCGUUGUCAACCGUACGUUAUCCAUGAUUAAAGAAGAAAAGGCAAAGCUUGCGAUACAGUGCAAUUUACAAAAAGAAAGCUUAGACCAAUGGAAAUCAAAGGGUACGGACAUACUAUCAAUAAUAAGCGAUAAAAAUCAGUUGAGAGAGAAACUACAGCAAAAAGAUGAACAAAUUGCCAACUUGUGCGAAAGUGUAGCCACUCAGGAGAUAUGCAUUCAACAACUCAAUGAACAAUUGGAGAGCAUAAAUGAUGAAAUGGAAUGGAAAGAGAAUAUGCUGAGGAAACAGGUUGAAAGUCUGCAGAACGAACUUAUGGAAAAAACAUCUCAGAUUACUGAUCUUGAAUCCCAAUUAGCAAUGACCAAACUUGCUGUCACCGAGCUUGAAUCCCUCCGAGAACAGUUCCGUUGUACGAACUCAGACUUGAAUGAAAAUAUAGCUGUCUUCAGGAAUCAGUUCUUGAAUAUGCUAGAAAGUUCCAACCACUUGAUAGAGACUGUUGAGAGUCUGAAGAAAGAGCUCGAUGAAAAGAACAAAGAACUGGAGAAAGUGAAGCUGUUUCCUCACACGACAAAAUCCAAGUUUUAUUUUAAAGCGUUGCAUCAUCUGCUUAAUUCACCAAAACUCACUGCUGGAAUAGGUGAUUCUGUUAAUCUGAGAGACAUCUUCUUAGCGAUUAAAUCUAUCGUGAAUUGUUUAAAGAGAGAUUUGUGGGUGACUAUGGACUCUUCUUCUUUAGUUAUUGAGUUGACAGAUUCCACUUCACAAACAAUGUUGUUAAAACAAGAUAUCACUUGCGAAAGGGAGGCCGUCGUUAACUGUACAUCAUCACAGACUGUUUACUGGGACGACCAUCUUGCAAGAUACAAUCAGGCACUAAAAGAUAUAGAAACACUGUCAGAAAAGAACCUUUCUCUUGUUAAAAUAAAUGUGAUGCAGACAGAAGUUUCAGGCACGUUGCAAAAACAGAUUGGAUCGAGUCAAGAAAAGUUGGCAGAAAGAGAUGCUGUUAUUUUGGCAUUGAAAAACAGCAACUCACAAUUAUACGAUCAUAUAAUGACUUUAAAUGACAAAUUAAAGAGUUCUGAUGAAUUUUUGCAUGAAGCGUUGAUGCAGCUAGAAUGUGAUUCUGAAAUAAGGACUUUAUCCCAAGAGCAAUUUGAAAAUCUUUUAGUAUCUACUGUUAACGAGUAUGAAACUUAUAUAUGCGUCUUGGAAACAUGUCUUGAAAGUAAACAGCAAAAUUUAAAUAAGCUAUUAGACAGUGAACAAAAUUCAAGAGUGAAGGACGAAGUAGGAUUAGAUAUUGACCAAUUAAAGCAGACAAUUAGCGAGCUAACAUUGAAAUUAGAAUCAGAAAAGUCAAUAGCGAAUGAAUUAAAGGGUGAGGUUGAUACAUUAAUUUCAAAACUCAAUGAUAAAUCAAAAUAUAUAUCUGAUAUAGAAGAAAAGCUUUCCAUGACAGACAAAAUGGUGGAUAAUUUAAUUUCUGAAAUUCGCACUAAUUGUACAAAGGAACUUGAACUACUUGAAAAUAGUCCAUCCAACAUUAAUUCUACCAAAAAAGAAAUCAUUUUAACGUUGACAAUGCUUCUAAAUCAGUACAGGGAAAAAUUUGUCACCCAAGUAGAAGUGAAAAAGCCAAAUAUAAAACAAAACUGUAAAAAGGAAUGGUUACAUAAACAAAUAAAAUUUAGUAACUUGCAAAAAACUAGAUUGCAGCAGAAAGUAUUUCAAAUGUAUUCCAACACGAAACGAGUGAGGAAUAUAAUUCACGCUCUCAAAAAAAGGAUGGGCAGGUCAGAAAAAUUAAUAUUAGAACUCCAAACAAUAACAGAGCUUUUGAACAAUGAGAAUAACCGUAUAAGGGAUGAAAAUACAAAUUUAACUGAAGAAAAUGACCAAUUGAAAGAGGAAAUUCAAAAUUUAGAGGAGAAUUUAGCGAUAGAAGAAAAUAGUAAAAAUCAAUUGCUUGAAAUUAAAAGUAAACUGGAGAGUAUGGUUAUGGAUCUAAUGAGGAAAUUGACAAAAUAUAAAAAGAUUGUAAAAAACAACAAGGACAAAGAGUUUACUGAUGAUGAAACCCAGACAGAAAUUGAAUAUCAACUCAACAAACAAGUUGAAAUUCUUAAAACAGAAAAUAUGUCUCUGUUAAUGGUGAUAAAUGAUUUGAAAUCAACUAUUUUCAAUAAAACCGAAAACAAAAAUGUAGAUAUUCAAGUAAAUUCUGAAGGUGAUAUGAUUGAAGGUAAGGAGGAUGUCGAUAAGAUGAAGACACAUUAUGAAACUAUCAUUGAAACUUUGUGUUCAGAACAUAACAGCAAAAGAGAACAAGCUCAAAAACAAUAUUCUCUUAAUUUAAAAAUGUUACAAGAAAAUUAUGAGAAGGAAAAGUUGUCUUCAAAAAGGAGUCAUGCAGAAAAACUCUUAAAAUUGCAGUCCUUUCAUGAAAAAGAAGUUGAUUCCAUAAAGGAGGAAAAUUUGCUCAAACAGGAAAAAUUAAAGAAGGAAAUAGCUGAUAAAGAUGCAGAAUAUCAACAAGAAUUAACAUCUUUGAAAAACAAAUAUGAAAUGCUUUUAAAACAAAAAGAAGAAAUGUUCACCACUGAAAAUGAGAUGUUAAAAAUAAAACUGGUGAAAAUAAUAUUAGAAAAAGAUUCCCAGCUGGAUCAUAUCAGUUCUGAAAUGGCACUCAAUUUCCAAAAUUUGAGAAAUAAGUGCAGGAUAAAUGUCAAGCGGCUCAAAGAUAAGCACAAAGCUGAUUUAGAUAAACUAGUGAAAGUGUGCAAACACGAACUAAUAAGAGUUAUGAGAAAUGAAGGAAAUGCAAAGCGAUAUGAGAACGAAAUGCCAACCUCAAGUGGUGAUCGACCAGACUCACAAAAAUCUAUUAAAUUUCAUAAAAUGUCUUUCCUAACAUUCCAUGAGAAAAUUUCCCAACGAAAAAGGCGAUGUUCAGGUAAAAAGAGCCUCGGACGAUUGAAGAAUGUCUCCUCGUGCACUGAUCCCAGGGCUUGGAGUAUGGAUCCGAGAAAGUGCAGAGAAUAUUUCUUGGAAACAUUUAAUUAUGUAUCGUCAAGCUCGAGCACCGAAGAUGCAAGCAUAGCAGGCUGUCGUAUCAAUGCAAAGACACUAUCAAAACGAAAAGUACGCUCAGUUGAAAACUUGGUUCUUGAUGGAGAUGUUGAAAAUCUUAAAUCUAAAUUAAACGAUGCUGAUGAAAAAAUUGAGGAACUAAAAACAGCAAAUGUAAAUUUGCAAAAUAAUAAUUCAAAAUGUACUGUGGAACUGAACAAUCUAAGAGCUUUGGUGAAAGAUUUGCAAGAGCAAAUGCUAGAUUUGGAAUCCUUAAAAACAGAAAAUUUGAAUUUACGUUCUGAAGUGGGUACAGAUGUCAAGGCUCAGCUAUUAAAAGCUGAGGAUGAAAUAUUACAUUUAAACAGAGAAUUAGAUAUAUUUCAUGAAAUGAAGGCAAAGUAUGCUGACUUGAGACAAGCUCAUGAAACGCUCAAAACUGAGCACACUUCUUUGAAUCGAACUCUUGUAACCCUGAAUGAAGACAAAUCUAAGCUCACCCUUCAAUUCAACAAGCUAAAAGAAGAACUGAUCAAUUGGAAAACUAGGGCUCAAGAUAUUUCCACAGCAAUUUGUGAGAAAAAUGUGUUAAAAGAAAAAUUACAAAACAAGGAAAAGAAGAUUUCUCAACUCUGUGAAAGCAUUAGGAUUCAAGAAAUUCGCAUAGAAGAACUAAAUCGUAACUUGGCAAGAGUGACUUCUGAUUUUGAACGUAAACAGCAAUUGAUGACAAAAUACAUUGAAGAUUUACAGUGCCAAGUAAAUUUCAAAACGAUAAAAGUGACUGAUCUAGAAUCAAAGCUGGCGAUGACUGAGAGGCUUGUUGUUGAACUCGAAGCUUUAAGAGAACAGUUUCGUGUUACAAACGCAGAUUUGAGUGAAAAUAUUCAAGUAUACAAGAAACAGUUCAUGAAUGUGCUUACUGGCUCAAAUAGAAUGGUGGAAAUGGUAGAAAAACUACAGAAAGAAUUGGAAGAAAAAGAAAAGGAAUUAGAAAAGAUCAAAUUAUUCCCACAGAAUCCAAAAACUAUGGUUUACUUUUCACAAAUAAACACGGUUCUUGAUUCUUCCAGGCAGUCGAUAGGAAAAGGAGACCCUGAGAAAAUGAAGGACACCCUACUAACAAUAAAAAACAUUAUUAACAAUUUAAAAAAAGAUAUGUGGGGGACUUGUGAUAUAUCAAUGAUAACUGAAUUUUCAAAUUCGAUCAUUCAAACAGAAUUUUUGAAAGAGGAUAAUUCAACUCAGGUCGAAAUAAAUCAAAUUAGUACAUUGUCACAGACCAAUUAUCCUGAUGAGUAUGUUAUAAAAUAUGAUGAAGCUCAAAAAGAACUUGAUAAAAUGACAGAAAUAAACCAAUCUCUCACUUUAAGUAAUGAAGAGCAAAAGAAUGUUGCAGAAACCCUUGAGAAAAAAAUUAAUGAAACUUCAGAAGCUCUCGAAAAGAAAAAUGCUAUGGUCAUCCAACUGACAAGUAAUAAUAAUCAGUUAUGUGAUAAUAUAAUCAUGCUAAAUGAAAAGCUUAAAACUUCUGAUGAACUUUUGCAAGAUGCCCUAAUUCAAUUGGAAUUAGAUAUGAAAACGAGAGAAGCAUCCGAUGAACAAGUGGAAAACGUACUCAAAUCAACAAUUAAUGAAUAUGACACGUAUGUACAGGUUCUUCAGUCUUGCUUGGAAUACAAACAAAAUAAUUUGGAUUUGGUAUGUACCAUUUUGGAAAACGGAGAAUACAGUACUAAUGAAAUCGUGGAAAUAAACAAUUUGAAGAUUGAAAUAGAAAACUUAACUAAACACUUGGAACAAGAGAAAGCGAACACAGACCAGCAAAGAGAAGAAGUAAAAUGUUUACUUCAACAACUUUCUGAAAAAAAUGAUUACAUCGAUGCAGUUGAUAGUAAACUUGCUAAAACCGAAUUAGUUCUGAAUGAUUUAGUUAAAAAUUUGGAUCUAACUAAGUCUGUUGAAUGUAAUGGAUUGAAUAGUUCUGAAAACGAUCAGUCUAAUCAAGUUGGCAUACAGCUAACAAUGAUAAUAAAUCGUUACAAACAAGAAUUAACUGCUCAAUUAGAAAUAAAAGAUCGUUUAACUAAAGAACAGCUUUCCAAGAAGAGAUUGAAACAUUUUCUUAAAAUUAAUCAUAGGCAAAGGAAUGACAUGAGAGCAAAGAUAUUACAAAUGAAUAGCAACAUGAAGAAGGUCAAGAAAAUUAUUCAUGGUCUAAGAAAUCGCUUGGGGCUUUCUGAAAAACUUAUCGAAGAAUUACAAGUGAUUUCAGAUCUUUUGUCUUCUGAAAACAACUGCUUAAAGAGGAACAAUACUGACUUGAUAGAGGAAAUUGGUGGUCUUAAAGUCAAAAUAUCCCAGUUGGAAUCAAGUCUUAAAGCCCAGGAAAACAAUAUCGGCUUAACAGUGCAAAACAAAAGAAAAAUGGAAAAGAUCAUAGUAAGCCUUAUGAAAAAGUUAGCAAAGUACAAGCAUUUGUUUGAUAAAAACAAAAGUUCAAAAGGUACGAUGACAAAUGAAUACUACCUGAAGACUGUAGCUCAGAGAGAUCAUCUGAACACAGAGAUUGAUGUUCUCAGGGCAGAAAAUCAGACCCUCUCUACCACAAUUUCUAAGUUAAAGGAACGUAUUACCACGUUAUUUGAUAUUCCACAGAAAGAGAGCCAAACCGUCGAACUUCAAGUCAACAUAAAAGAAGAACUCCCCGAUGAGGAAAAAGAAAUUUUAUUUAAAAAUGUUAAGAACCACUAUGAAGCUAUACUUAAAGCAUUACAAACUGAACACAACACUGAGAAGGAACAAUCACAAAAACAGUAUCUUAAUAAUUUGAAAAUGCUAAAAGAUACUUAUGAAAGAGAUAUGAAUACACUUAAAAAAACACAUGCUGAAAAUCUAGCUAAAUUACAAACUUUACACGAGGAAGAAAUGCUGAGUUUAAAAGAAAAUCUAGCAAAGGAAAAAGAAAAACAAACUGAGGAUAAAACUAUUCUAGAGCAAUUGCACAAAGAAGAAUUAGAUGCGAUGAAAUCCAAAUUUGAAUUGUUAAUAUCUCAAAAAGAAGACCUGUUUAAAGAUGAAAAAGAGAUGUUAAUGACUCAACUUUCAAAAUCAGUUUUAGAAAAGAAUACUCUAAUAGAAAAACUCAACUCAGAUAUGACAUUAAGUUGUAAGAAAUAUAAAAACAAAUGCAAAGACAACUUAAAGAAAUUAAAAGAAAAGCAUAGACUUGAUGUGGAAAACUUAGUUCAGAAGUUCAAAACCGAGGUGAAACAUUUUAUUGCAAAAGAAGAUGAAGCAAAGAAAUUAGCUCAGAGGGAAAAAGAGAUUCAGUGUGUUUUAGAAUAUGCAGAUAAGGAAAGCUUUAUCACCCCUGAGGAAGUCACAAUGAAUGAUAAAUUUACUGAGAUUGAUAACUGUGAUGGAAAAAACAUUGAAUAUCUGCCUAUAUGUUCAGAGACAUCCGAACUUAAAGUAGAAGAAGAAAUCAUUGUAGAUUUGAAUAAGCAAGAUGUCAAUAAUGGUCAACCAAUUUAUGAGAAAAACUCUUUUGGGAGAAAUAUGCUUACAGUAGGUGACACAACAAUUGCACUGGUUCCAGAUGCAAGUAUGUAUGCAGAACAGAUUGCUCAACUAGAAGCUGAACUAGCAUUGCACAAACGAGAAUUUUCUGUAAAAGCUUCAUCGUAUGAGAAAAUGAUCCGUCGGGAGCAAAUGAAGACGAUGGAGCUGAAACAUCAAUAUGAACUGGAACUCGAGCAUAGUGCUAAGGUUCAUUGCAGGCUUGGUGCACAAUACAACAAAGCUGAAGAAUUGGAACUAGAAAAUAGAAUGCUAAUACAAAAGUUAAACAUGUAUGAGUCACAACUUAGGGAAAUGGAAAACCACUUGGAAAAGGAAAAGGAUAAGACAUUUUCAAUGAAGGCAGAGCUAGCAAAACUAAAAGCUGAGUCAAAAGGUUCCUACCAACUUGAGAUGUCACUGAAUAGGCUGAAAAAGAAAAUUGAACAAGCUGUACAGUGUGAAAAACGCUUAAACGAGGAACUCCGAAAGGAAACUCAAAAAGAAAGAAGCAUGGAAAAUAAAAUAGUCGAAAUAUUUGAAUUGAAUCAAAUAAAUAGGACCAAAUCUGAAGUUGAAGAGAAAGUCAUAAGAAUACAGACAUGUGGGGUUCUUCAAUAUGGGACGCAACUUUAAAAGAUGAAAUCGCAUAAUAAAGAAUAUUAUCAAAAUUCCAGUGAUGACAGAUGUGGUUAAAUUGGGAAAAAAAACCAGUCUGGGAACCAAUUGUACUCCAAUUAUAAUGACUAUUUUAUUAUGUA